AUGGUCAAAGGAGGCAGCGCUCCAGCAGAGUACCGCAAAUUGCACCAGAAGUACGGACCGUUUGUGAGAGUCGGGCCAAACCAUGUGGCUGUUUCUGACCCGUCCGCCAUCCCGAUUAUCUACGGACUCGGAAGCAAGUUCUUGAAGACCGACUUCUACAAGACCAUGGUACCGUCCUACGAUGGCAAACCAAUGGACAGCAUGUUCACAGCCAGAGACCCGGCAAUUCACAAGUCUCUCAAAACUCCUGUGGCAUCUCUGUUCGCAAUGACAAACAUGAAGAACUACGAGGUGUACGUGGACGAGUGCACCGAGAUAUUCGCAAACGCCAUGCGUGAUCUGGAAGGUCAAACAGUAGACCUGGCGAUCUGGCUCCAGUGGUACGCCUUUGACGUUGUCGCUGGGAUUACAUUCAACCGGCGAUUUGGCUUUCUGGAGGAAAGGAGAGAUGUGAACCAGAUGAUCGGUCAGCUUGAUGAAGGCAUGGACACUGUCAAGGUGUUGGGCUCUUAUCCCGUGCUCGACCGACCGGCCAAGUUACUCCUUCGCCAUGUGUUGCCGUUGCUUGGCCGCUACGAUCCUUUGAUCAAAUUCGUGAAGAUGUCCGAAGAAGAAAUCGCCCGCUACGAUAACUCGGUGAAAGACGCAAGUCGGACGGAUUUCUUGUCGCAACUUCGCCAAAGGGAGGAAAAGCUAGUCGCGGCGAACGGAGGAGGAGAUGCGAAAGCAGAGAUUCUCAAUCACUUGAGUAACAACUUGCUGGCUGGUAGCGACACUACAGCGAUAUCACUACGAGCAUGCUUCUAUUACCUCAUAAAGACGCCCCGCGUCACUGCCAAAGUGAGGGAAGAGUUAGAACAACAAGAGCAGCAAGGCAACAUUUCGAACCCGAUCAAAUUGGAGGAGUCUUUGCAAUUGCCCUACAUGCAAGCAGUGAUAAAGGAGGCAACCCGAUUGCAUCCUGGCGUCGGCUUCCCGUUGGAGCGCUUCGUCCCGCCUGAAGGUGCAACAAUCUGCGGCGUUGAAUUGGCUGGACUUACGAACGUGUCAAUGAUGGCACCCGUAACGCAGGUCGAUCCCACUGUCUACGGCGAGGACGCUCAAUCGUUCAGGCCGGAACGCUGGCUCGAGUCCAAUCCAGAGCAGCUGAAGCUCAUGGAAAGAUCCAUGUUGGUAUUUGGGCAUGGUGCGAGGACCUGUAUUGGUAAGAAUAUAUCGGUGAUGGAGAUGGGAAAGUUCAUUCCUCAGAUUGUACAAAAGUUCGAUAUCGAAUGGGCAUCGAAGAAUGCGGAGUGGAAAACGAACGCAGCCUGGUUCUGGAAACAGACCGAUAUGCAGGUCAAGUUCAAAGUCCGGAAAUGA